AUGCGUGAAGUGCGCCGCGUUGCCUGUGUAACCCUCCACCAAGGCUAUCGAGCCCUUCAACUGAAACACCAAGUUUUCAUUGUCUUCAUGAUCGAUCGCGAAGAGCAGGCCCGGCGGCCUCGUCCUCCCGGUUAUCUUGAGCGACUUGCAGCCAUCUCGCUUCUCACUCGUCCCCGAUGCUCUCGUUCUUUUCGGCUGCGUAGGGGAGGGUUGGUGGAAGCGAACUGCCUGUUGCGUCGUGACGUCGGUACCUCCAGGAGCGGCGAUUCCGGGCCACUACUAUGCCCUUCCACCUGCAGGCUACGGGAAGACUACGUACAUCUUGCCUCCAUUCACUGCAGGGAAAGGAAACCCAGCUACAUGUCUUAUUAUUCGACUAAGAUGGCUGGAAUACUGUUGACCUUUAACGUGCCAACAUUAUGUCCAAACUAUUCUUCCGAGGAACCGUGCUCAUAG